CCCAGUCACUCGACAGAUGAUAUACCCUGGCGUUAUCUGCCAGCCGUUCCCCUUGCCUUGCCUCCGCCCCCCCCCCAGUCCUGUCCCCCCGAUUGUGUGCCAGAGUGGCAGAGGGGUAGAUCCUCGCACCGACGCAGACGUGCCUGGUCUUUUGUUUUCCAACUUCCCAGUUUUCCUGUUGAUCGGGGUCUUUUGGCGCCUGGGCAUUUGUGGGCUCCCAGUUCUCUUGAGCCGGUUGUGUCAUGUAAAAGAGAUUGCUGUUUCAUGUCCCUAUCACAGUCGUCAUUCGCAUGCACGGUGCCGAUGGCCAAACCCACCGUUCCUUGUCUGAUCAAUUACUGACGUUUUGGGCCAUUUUGCCGCGCCUUGGACAUUUAGAUCUACGAUCUGCUGGCUUGACCCUCAACCUUUCCUCUAACAAUCCAUUUCGCAACCGCGCCGUAUCGCCGGCUCUCGCUGCAAGCCCCGCCUCGCCUUUCGACGACCCCCCUCCGCGCCCUUUAUCGCGAAAUCCAUUUCUCGACCCCUCUGUCGCGGCAAGACCCAGCUUACCGAACAUCAAAGCGGCAUCAGAUACCAUGUCGCCUCUCGACAAGAAACCGUCGUCGCCCACGGCUGAAGACAUAUUUGGCUCCUUGACUCUUGAUGAUCAGAAAGCCCCCCCGCCUUACCAGGUGUCUCCUCCGCUCGGACCGCCCAAGCCAGAUGCGGUGAGGCCGCCACAAAUGGGCCGUCGAGGUCCACCUCCUCCAGGCCGGGACGACUUGCUGCCCACCAGCCGCAGAGGACCACCACCUAAUCACCGCCCAACGCGCUCGCAAGAAGAAGCUCUACGGCGCAAGAUGCAAGCAAAUGGGGAAGGCUCUGCUCUACCCGAUCCUUCCCGUUCACCUCAAAGGCGGUCCGACCGCCGCCCGCGCAGGAACUCGGAGUCCUCUGCUGUGGACCGCGAGAAGCCGACCACCGAAGAAGAAAAGAAGCUGCGCGAGCUCAGGCGACGUGACCGAGAAGCUCGUCGGCAACGCGAUAAUAGGGAUCGGGAUAAGAAGCCUCCAAACCGCAAGCUCGACAUCAUCGACCAGCUAGAUGCGACCAGCAUCUACGGAACCGGAAUGUUCCACCAUGAUGGCCCCUUUGAUGCCCUCAACCCGCAUCGAAACAAGCAGGGCAGCCGGCGUGCCCCUAUGGAGGCGUUCCCCAAGGAUUCGCUGAACAACGUGCUCGGCGGUUCUGGGCCACUGAACGUCCGGCCAGACCAUGCGGCCUUUCUUGGGCAACACGACGAUGAGGCAUUCAAAGAGUGGUCGGCAAGCGGCAAAGACCGGUUGGAAUUGGCUGACUAUCCGCCCCCCAGCAAGGGCGAAGCGCGUAUCUUUGACCCGCUCAGCCGCAGCAGCAUCCUGCAUGGCGAUGAAAGCAUGGGUCUUGGCACCUCUACGUUCUUGGAGGGCACUCCGGCCGCGCGUACCGCAAUUCAGAAACGCCAAGAGGAAGAAGCCGACAACGAAGGACUGCAGCGAAAGAAGUCGCUCGCCCAGCGGAUCCGCAACAUCAACCGUGGCGGCCGCGACUACCAGCCAUCGGGAAGGAUGGCACAUCCGGAUGGUUACUAUGCCUCUCGGAGAUCGCCCUCGGACAGCUGGAAUCAAACAUCUGCCAGCAUGCAGACGCCGGCCAAUGAGUCCAAUCCCUUCUUUUCCGAAUUCGAGCAAGGCAAGAAAGGGGAAGAGGCAUUCAACGUGCGGAAUAUGGAUUCCAAUGGGAACCGGGUGUCACCUGCCAGUCCCAAGGGAUACAGCUUGGAGCGCAGAGUCACGACCGACGCCACUAUGAGUGCCGAAGAGUCGCAACCGAAGCCCAGUGGCAUCCUAGGCCGAAUGAAGAGUCUGAAGGGCGGACGCCGCGCACGGCAGAACAACCCUCCAAGCACCGAUAUGGGGACUAAUGCUCCUGGUACCGCGGUCUAGAAACACGCCUGGAUAUUUCGACGAGGGAUGCCUCGAUCGUAAGCGGCUUCACAGAGAGUCGGGAGCCAGCAACACCGAGGGCCAGCAUCCUAAGCUUCACAUACCCUACGAAUUGACUCUACGAACAGCAUG